AUGUCCUCUACGACCACCUCUAAGGUUAUACUCCGCCCCCGCCCAUACGACAAGUUCAGCGGGCGUCUCAUGCUAUUACCCUUGCUCCCCAUCCGCAAGCCCCCCGUCCACCUACCAUCGGAGGUGUGGGCACGGAUACUGGACUACGUCCUGGACGACACGCGGGAGACGGCGGAAGCUUGGAAUCUUCUGUUAGUGAACAAGGAGCUGAAGGAAAUCGCCCUCCCCCUUCUGUAUCACACCAUUCGCAUAUCCCAUCUUUCGUCCCUCGACAAGCUAUACAAACACCUGCACGAAUGCGACGAGAAGUGGGACUCCAUUCGGCGGAUACCUUACUCGGCGCCCGGACGAUGGGUGCAGGUCCUCGACCUUUCGCAGCUGGAGUUCACGGGGCGAGCGCAAGCCCUCAAGCUCGACUCGCUCCUGACCCAGCUCUUCCCGCUCCUUCCGCACCUCGCGAAGUUGAGCUUGAACCCCUCAUUCGUCAUGAGCCGACGACCUAUACUGGCUCUGGCAGACCGAUGGGAGUCGCAACACCUACGGUCCCUCUGCGGGAUCACCUACGUCCCUUCUGCUACUGGCCAGGACGAGCCCAUCCUCAAGUUGGUCGCAUCGUGCCCCAACCUCGAGGAACUGGAAGUAAUCGGCGGCGGUCCAGACCCCACCGAGCUCGACUUCGCCUCCAGCGUGGUUGAUGAGUCCAUCGUCAAGACCCUCAACCUCCCCCAUCUCCACACACUUUCCCUGAUCUCGCUCCACAACUCGACCCUCCUCAUGUCCCUCCUGCAAUCACCCCUCCCAUCACUACGCAAGCUGACGGUCACGCCAUACGACGACGUCCCCUUCCCCGCCUCCCUCGUGUCGCAGCUUAUCUUCACGCACGGCAAGGAGCUCAAGUCUCUGCUGCUCUUCACCCCCAAGUCGUGGCCCACACGUCUCCACCCAUCGCCCGUGGACCUGCUCAGCACGUGCCCACAGCUGCGGCACCUCUCCCUCGAGAAUCCGCUGCCGGAGCUCCGUCUGGAGCCAGGCGCCACGCACCCGCUUCGGAUGCUAUCCAUCCCUCGCCCGGCAAGUGACUGGUGGCCUGUAUUGGAGAAGCUGCUCCCUCGCCUUCCUGAACUCUGCGUGCUGCGGAUGCGGGAUGUGCGCUGGCUUCGCAAGGGCGUUGCCGGGCGAGCGCAGGAGGCUGGUUUGCAGGGUCAGAUGAAGGCUUGGGGCAAGCGGCUGGCGCGAUAUCACAUCCAAGUCGUCGAUGCUGAUUGGAAGUUGAUGCCGGAUCGUGUGUGA